AUGGGCCCCAACGCAAUGUCACCUCAAUCGUUGAUGGCUCUAAGCUUUGACCAGCUAUUCGACACCAUCGUCAUCCGUAUCAAUGGGCCAGAGGCGUUCAAGCAGCCCACGAAAUAUCUUGAAAAGGAAAUCACCAUUGAUUUUAUGGUCGAAGACGUGGACCAAGUCGGAAAGCCGGGUGCGGGGUGGCACCUGAGACUCAGCAACGCUGCCCUGACGGGGCAUGCCGUUCCAUAUACUGCAUUUCCGAACCCGCGAAACGCCGGGAUUUCUCUGACUGUCUGGCUCAAGCACCAGGAACUCGUGUAUCUCGUUGGAGGCACAACUUCUGGCAAUAACCCAAAUGUCGGCAAAUUCACUACAUCUGGGGACCUGGACGCCUGGAGCGAUAUCACAUCCCGGGUCACCAUCCCAAAACCGUCCCAAACCCUGCCUUCAACAUUGUCACCCCUUGAAAUGGGAGGGGAAAUUUUAUUCAAAUCGAUCCUGUAUUAUGAGGAUAUUAGAACUAUGAUUAUGUUGACAUGUCUAAAAUUGGUUUCGCUCUUAGUGCUUCUUUUUCCAUUAUAA